UUAGUUGGAAAUCUUGCAAGUAUGUCCUCCAGUGAAAGGAUUAGAGCAAUCCAGAAGAUGCCAGAGUCUAUGAAAAAAAAGAGAGAGAUCAGGAAUAAAGUUCUUAAAGAAAUAACAAAAAAAUCAAGGCACCGCAGUACUCAGAUGUCCUGCUGUAUACAGUGUCUGCAGGGAACAGUAGUGUCAUUUCGGCGAUUUGGAAAUAGCUUGUCAGAAUACUUUCACCUACUGCCGUUUUGGCAUAAGACUCUGAAGAUCAUUGGUGCCGAGUUUGGAACAAGUGUUCUUUCUUAUUUUAUUUUCUUGAAGUGGCUGCUAACUUUCAACAUCUUCUCAUUCCUCAUAAACUUCGGUUUUAUCACAAUCCCUCAGUUUGUUGCAGCAGAACCAAAUAACCUUAUGUUCACUGGUCUGGAGCUGUUCACUGGAGCUGGUUAUUUUCAACAUACAGUACUCUACUAUGGCUUUUAUACCAAUGCUACAAUCAGCAAAAUAGAGAAUGGUCCAUCUUAUAACAUGCAGCUGGCCUAUAUAUUCACCAUUGGAAUAUAUUUUCUCAUCUGUUUUCUUAUCUUGUUGUUCAGCAUUGCAAAAUCCUUCUUCAGGAACUUCAUGAACUCUCAGAUAUACUCUGUAAAUGCUAGCAAACUUCUCUGCACUUGGGACUUCAAUAUAACUAAUGAAAAAGCUGUGAAGCUGAAACAAAAGAAUCUCAGCACACAAAUAAAGGAAGAUCUCACUGAAGUAAACCGAGAAGUUCUAAAUUUUUCUGUAACAGAGAGAGUUGUUCGUAUUGUUAUUCAUCUUGUUGCUUGGGCUGCUUCCCUGGGAACAGCAGUAGCUGCUUGUGCUGGUGUUUACUUCCUUUCCAUUAAUAACCUAGAGCUGUUUGUGAAAGGGCAUAAAAAUGACCUAGAGAGCCAAGCUGCCAUGUUGGUGCUACCUGUUGUUGCAUCUGUCCUCAACGCAUUCAUCCCAUUCUUCUACUCAUGGCUUGGACAUCUGGAGAAAUUUCAGACUCCUGGACACCACAUAUAUGUCACUAUUAUCAGAAAUAUUAUCCUGAAAAUAUCAAUUGUUGGAAUACUGUGCUACUACUGGCUUAACAUUGUGGCUGCAUCAGUGUCACAGUGCUGGGAAACUCUCAUUGGCCAAGAUAUCUAUCGUCUUGUUCUCGUUGACUUCAUAUUUUGUUUGCUUGGCUCAUUCUUUGGAGAGUUUUUACGAAGAAUUAUUGGAACUACAGUCUGUCUGAGCCUGGGACUGCCAGAAUUUGAUAUCGGACGAAAUGUUCUAGAUUUGAUCUAUGCACAGACUUUGACCUGGAUUGGUAUCCUCUUCUCGCCUCUGUUGCCUGGUAUCCAGAUGAUAUCGUUUUCUAUAGUAUUUUAUGUGAAAAAGGUCAGUCUCAUGAUGAAUUGCCAGCCCCCUUGCAAAGUCUGGAGAACUGCUCAAAUGACAACUUCCUUCUUGUUCCUGCUGUUUUUCCCUUCCUUCCUUGGAGUCCUCUCUGUCACUGGAGUCACUAUCUGGAGCUUAAAACCUUCAGAAGAAUGUGGUCCUUUCAGAGGUUUGUCUUCUAUGUAUGCCGCAGUCUCUGAGUGGAUAAAAGUACUGGAAAAUUACACUGCCUCCAAAUGGGUAGUGUGGAUCUACCAAAACUUAAUUACAAGUGAACUUUUCUUCUUCAUCCUCUCUACUCUUGUCCUAAUUAUUGCUUAUCUUUACGUGCAAAUAAUAGAAGGAAGAAAGACCAUGGCCAAACUCCUACAUAAGCAAAUUAUUAAUGUUGGAAAAGAUAAAAUGUUUUUACUUGAAAAACUACGGGUACUGCAAAGGGCAAACCAAAACCCAUGUGCACCAACAGGACAAGACCAGCAGAUGUCGUCUUCAUACCACCCAUCCAGGCAACCUGCCCAGCAAGUACCAGACUACUCAGGAAGAGCAUUUAACAGAAAUCAAAAAGCAUCCCACAAUGAGUAUUCCUAUUCUGCUGGGAUCUUGAGUGGCGCUGGCUUCCCACUAGAUUCAGAGACAUCGCAGCCCAGCAGCAGGCCAGGCAUGUCCGAGGCAGUGGUGCUUGCUCUGCACGCUAGAGAAGCAGCUCAGUGGGAAGACGAAGAUGAUGAGAAAGAUUUUUGA